GCAUACGUAACCCGCCUUUAGUGUCCCAUGGAAUCACUGAGGCGGAGGUGAUUGUUUUCGCUGUGUACAUUUCGUAACAGCUCCCCGAUAACUAAGCUUGGAGUUAUAUAUAAAACCAUGUCAUAACGGGAUAAUUGUCCGAUUCACCUGGUUUAACAUUCGUGUAUCACUUGUCCAGGACGAACAGUAUACCGUAGGGAUCCCAUACAUGUACGGUUUGUUCAACAAAUGCGAAAGAAUGAACAACUAUCUGCAACUCGUUGUGCUAAACCUUCUGUCGGUCAUCGCCCUUUCCUAUGGCCGCCCUUGUACGAUAUCAACCGACAAGAGAAUGGCCGAUUGUUCGAACCGUGGUUUCGAUCAUAUUCCACACUUGUCGAAUCUCACCGAAGGCUUAGAUUUAUCAGGAAACAAGUUAUCACUUCUAGACAAAUCCUCCUUUUUAAACCUUCCUAACUUGCAAUCCUUAAAUUUGAACUGGAAUGAAAUCAAACUCAUCGGUAAAGAGACGUUUUUUGGACUUCCGGCACUGCAGGACUUAUCACUUGGACACAACCACAUCAACAUUGUACAACAACCUUUUACUGAAAUCCGUUUUACCCUCAAUACCAAACUCAAAUAUUUGGAUUUAUCCUUCAAUGUUAAUUUGCCAUUAGACGCAGAAGCCUUGUAUCCAGACUCAGUGUUCGCAUCGUUGAUGUCUCUUCAGGAACUUCAUAUAGACCUUCUACCGAAUCCUAUCUUUGGAACAGGGUUCGGCAAUAUGACAAAGCUUAACAAACUAGUUUUUAAGGACUGUACAUUAAUGCAUCUUAAGAACGAUACAUUUAUAAACUUUCAUGAUCUGGAAUCGUUGACAUAUUUGGACAUGUCAAAUUGCCACGUUAAUGACACAUAUGUUGUGAAAAUAGAAAAAGCUUUCUUACAACAUUUCUCGUCCCUGCAAUACCUGGAUCUUUCUCGUACUUCGAUAACGUUUCCGGUUGCCAUGGACAUUUUGUACGGUCUCACAGCUACAACCAAUCAAAGUCAUCCUGUCAGAAAAAUGAAAGUUCUGAAUCUAUAUAAUGUUAAUCCGUUGAUAUUAUUAUGGAUUAAUGAUGUCAACUACACUGUUAAAGUGACAAAAGAAAUGACUCAAUACUAUAGACAAUUGUGUGUGGAAGAUAUUGACUUAGGUAACAACGGAAUUGUAGAAAUAGCAGUUGGGACUUUGGAAUCCUUUGUCGAUUUCAGUUGUUUAAGGCGUAUUUCGUUCUCGGAAAACAACUUCUUGUUCACAUUCCCUCGAUUUGCGCUUAGUGCUUUAAUAUUUUUUGAAGAGAGUGUACAUCUAGAAGAACUAGAUUAUUCAUAUGUCGCAAUCAAAUUUUCACAUGGGAUCAAGGAGGGUCAGCAGGUGAAUGGGAAACAACUACGUUAUUUACCAGAACCACAAAGACAGUCGUCGUUUCGAUGUGUGAUGCCCCUCAGCCUGGGACCACAUAUGCGAUUCUUUCGCUUAACACAUCUGCUCUUUCCAUUUUUCAUUGAUUGUGAUCUGGAUAUAUCUAGGUCUCCUACAUUGUAUCUGCUGGACAUAUCACACACAACUAUUUCAAGUGCAGAUUUUCGUAUAAAAGGAGUACGGGUAGAGUAUAUGAACGUUUCAGGUAUGGAUUUUGCAACAUCAGGACGGAUGCUGCUCGGUAAUAUGGAAGGGGUGCAUAGACUGGUCAUUCAGAAUGCCAAUUUAGAUCGUGCCUUCAGUAAUAAGAAUUACAUUUUCAAGGAUAUCAAGCGACUGAAUGAGGUAGACAUGUCGUCAAAUCAUUUAAGUAUCCUAGAAGAGGAAAGCGUGCAGGGCUUGGAGGGGGUAACAAAUAUAGACCUGUCUUGGAACAUUUUCAAUGAUUUCCCUGCAGGCUUGUACAUUUUGCCAAAUCUUACUAACAUAGAUCUGAGGAACAAUAAAAUAACUUAUCUUAGGAAGAAAGCAAGGACAUGGCUGGAUCUCAUGGACUCGCGGCCCGAACGUAAUAUUAGGAUUUUGAUGUAUGGGAAUCCCUUUGCCUGCACGUGCGAUACACUGGAGUUCGUUUUUUGGAUUUGCGAUACAAGUGUCAUGCUCGAUUAUCAUAACAAAUACACGUGCGUGGUACCAAACGGUUCCAUUGCCAUGCUGCGUCACGUUAAUGAUAAUUACCAGCUGUUUCUAGGAAACUGCAAUCAGGAAUCUUUCUGGAUAGUUUUUGCGAUCUUCGGAAUGAGUAUUAUGUUGUUGUUCCUAGUUAUUUCGUCCUUCGUUUUUAAAUACAGGUGGAAAGUUCAGUACUUCUUUUGGAGGAAGUUCAAGAAACAAGAAGCAGCAGUCGAUAACGUGAGGCAAUAUACGUUUAAAUCAUUUUUUGUAUUAUCAGAAGAUGAUUGGUGGAGUCGCAAUUAUCUCCUUCCUAAACUGGUACAGCUUGAAAAUGAACACAACAUCCGGGUUUGCUGGCAAGAGAGGAACUUUUCACAUAAUAAAUAUCAACUGAGGCAGCUAUCAGAGUUUCUACCAGACAGCGAGAAACUAGUGUUUGUGAUAACGGAGGAUUUUAUUGCAGAUAACUGGUGUGAAUUUGUAUUGAAUACCUGUAUAAAUGAGAGCGUGACUCGAAAAAACCGCGAGUGUUUAGUAAUGAUAUUUAUAAAUCUAGAUUUCAAUCGUGUUCCUGAAUACGUGACGAGCGCAUAUAAAUACUGUAAAACAAUAACAUAUCCAGAGGAAGAAAACGAUAGGGAUGGAUUUUGGAAUGAAAUACGUCAAACUAUUUUAACAAGGGAGUAAACUAAACUGUGUUACCUUACAUUUAUGCGGACCUGUCAGCUGGUUCAUCCGUUGCCAGAAUAAUGUGACAGGGCGGAAUGAUGAGCAGGGUGCUGUUGGCAUGGUAUGUCAGUGAGGUAGCACUAUAAAGUCGGCAUCAGAUCCGCGCUAUCACAAUGAGGCAAAAACACCAUAUGCAACACACUUGGAGGCACGUCCUUAACUGAUAGGUACAACAACGGAAGAAUCAUCACAUAUAAUGGAAGUUAGUUUAAUUUUCUGUGUACAAGCGGUACUAAAACAAAAGACACCGUUAUCGUGUAUGGUCUCUUCUUAGGCAUGUUCAAGUUUAGAGAGAGAAAAAUUGGUACACAAAGAAAACGGUUAUCGUGAAUUCAUACAUAAAAAUGUUACCUUGUACAGACUUACAAGGAAUCUUAAAAUGGCCAUUAGUACGGUGAUUUGUUAUGGUGUGGUGUGGUUUGGAAGAAAUAUGGAAUGCAAUUUUAACUUAUUACCCUACUUUGAUUCAUUACAAAUACACCGCAAUCGCAUCUUCCCGGUCUGAAACAUAACAUUUGUGUCUACAUGCGUAUCGGUCUUCUGUACUGUCGGACCAUACUCUAUAACAGGUAUAUAAGGAAGGCGACAGAAUUGAUUGAAUCGGUCUCCUACCUAUUCAUAAAAUUUAAAAUAUUCAAAACGAAUUUGAGAUAUCCCCUACCGUACCUCUUAUGGGAGACGUACUUGUCGGAAUGGGUUUAACAUUGGACUGUGGUAUGUCCGUUAUAUCAAAGACAAUAUUGUGCAUAGUGGAAAGCUGUGUUAUUUUAAUGCCUAAUGCUCCACAUCUGUUGAAGCCUAUUAAAUUGCCGAAGUGUUUAAUUGGACUGAGCAACAUAAAUGACGAAAGUGAAACUAGAAGUUUACAUCACAUCGCAUUGCACGAAGGGAUCCCUGUGCUCUCAUGAUUUAGACAUGAUUUAUAUAGCGAUCCGCACAGUAAUUUGAAUAAAUGUUUUUCAGUC